ACAUUUUUGCCAAAGUAACGUAAGUGACAUUUUUGGUGAAAAUCAUGUUUUUCCAUUAACGUAAGGCUUUUAUUAUUGAGAAGGUACUGCCAAGGUGUAGGAAGGCUAGAUUUUACUUUAAACCUUUGUUUUUAACUUUUUUAAAUCAUAUCCGUAAAAGAAACAUAACUUUAAUACUAUUUCCAUCAUAGUAAUGCAAGCUAAGGUUUUUUACCGCCAUAAUAACGUAAGUCCCUGUCGGUGUCUGCGACUUACGUCAGAUUUUCGCAGUCAGUGUUUGGCUUACGACAGUGUUAGGUUCGUUCUAUCAUCGACUAAUUAUUGAUUUUAGAUCAUGUCUAUGGUCAGUUCACGAACAACAAGGAUUUUGGCGGCUCUUAGCCAAAAUGAUGAAUCGAAUAAUGUUUAUUUUGAGGAAGAAUCGAUAUCCAUUAUUUCAAGUGACAAUAUUUUUGAUCUAGAUAAUUCCGAAAAUAUUUUAAAAACUACGUUAAUGAGUUAGCAGAAACUGAUGCAGAGGCUGACAAUGAAGAUGAAAGCUCCAAAACUUAAAAAAAUAUAUAUUUUUUACUAGUAAGAAUUUCAUAUUGUCUUUUGUAACGUUAUUUUGUGUUUUUUUAAUAAUAAAC